AUGGAGUCGCUCAUUAGGCCGCUAGUGGCGCUGGAAGAUUUGCACGGGGCCGACCUGCAUGGCACGCGGAUCAGUGUCCUCGCGUAUGCCGAUGACCUGGCAUUAGUCGCGAGGUCUGAAGCGUCGCUGAGGGCGCUGAUCGAGACAGUCGUCCCUGCUGCCAGGUGGGUCGGUCUUGAAUUUAAACCCGCCAGGUGUGCCACGCUUCACGUGGCCAGGCGGGCUGUAAGGCCAACUGAGUUUUUGAUGGACGGUACUCCUCUUAGGGUCCUUGGCGAGGGUGAGCCUUAUCAACACCUGGGGGUCCCCACCGGGAUGAGAGUGGAUCAGACUCCGGUGGCUACCAUCACGAGGCUCGAGGGUGAGGCCGCCUCUAUAUUCGGAAGUAUGCUUGCCCCCUGGCAGAAAUUGCAUGCCUUGCGCACCUUCCUGGUUCCGCAGUUGAUUUUCAACUUUAACACUGCUAGGAUCAGGAAGACGAGCCUGCGCGACCUUGAUAAAUCGAUCAAGUUGGGGUGCAAGAAAAUAAUGAACCUCCCGCAGCGUGCCAGUGCAGAGCUGUUCGCGCUCCCCCCCUCCUGGGGUGGAGCUGGCCUCCUGCCACUCUCAGACCUCGCGGACCUUUCGGCUGUGGCUCACGCCUUCCGCCUCUUGACGUCACCUGACCCUAAGAUCGCACACCUGUCGCUUGAGGGUCUCGCUGUCUCUGCUGGUCAGCGGACCGCGGCAAGAUUCGGUAUGGCGUUCCUCGUGUCAUACCUGAACGGGGAGAUUGGCGGUGACACGAAUGUGGCGACAACCUUUUCCUUGGCCCGGUCUGCACUUAACCGCCUCUCCAAGCGUCUCCCCGACCUUCGGUGGGGGUGGUGUGAGGAGAGGAGAUCUUUCCAAUUGUCCGUCCCUGGGGAGAGGUUGACCAUCACGGUGGACGGCGGCUCCCGGUCCAAGCUCUCCUCUGUCCUGCGUUCCUCCCUGCAAUUCCACUUCCGGUCCGUCCUUUCAAAUAAACCGGACCAGGGCAGGGCCAUUCGUGUCACCGCUGGUUGCCCCUCCUCCAACCACUUCCUUUACGAGGGACGCCAUACGCGGUUCGCUGACUGGCGGUUCAUCCACAGGGCGCGGUUAAAUGUACUCCCCCUCAACGGUUGCAGACGGUGGGGUGCCGGCGACCGCCGGUGUCGCCGGUGUGGCCGCCAUGAUGAGACCACGGCACAUGUGCUCUGCCACUGUUUGCCUACCAUGUCCGUGGUCUCUAAGCGGCAUGACGCGGUGCUAGACCAUCUAAUUGCUGCAAUCCGUCCGUCGCCGGGGGUGGAGGUCCGCCGGAAUCAGCGUGUCCCUCUGGACCGCCUGCUGGUCAACCGUGAGGUCCCGGAUGACUUAGUACGCCUCCGUCCGGACGUGGUGGUCAUCGAUGAUUGUCGUAAAACCAUUCGAAUUGUCGAUGUCACCAUGCCCUAUGAAGACGGUUGGCGGGCUAUAGUCGAGGCGAGAGAAAGGAAACACGCCGCUUACGCCCCGCUCGCCCGGUUCCUGCGCUCCGGCGGCUUCACGGUAACUGUGGAUGCCUUUGUCGUCGGUGCGUUGGGUGCUUGGGAUAGGGCUAACUGA